AUGGGAGAGAUGCAGACCCCUUUUCCUCAGCAGGUUAUUGUGGGCAUAUUGGUGCCGGCCGACCAGGUGAACUGUUUUCCCGGCUCGUACCAGGCGGUGCCAGCUCCCUUUUACAAGCCGGAGCAGUGUGUAUUUGUGCAGCAGCCGCAGAUACAGGGGCAGAUGCAAGGGAUGCAGCAGCUCCAGGUUCCCUUGGUCUUCCAGCCUCAGGUGUCGCCGGUGCUGCAGGUCUGCUGCGACAACAGCAGUCAAGGCAGUGGACCGGCAACACCCCGAAACAAGGUCCCGGCCACGCCGGAGACUCACUCGGAUGCUGAGAGAGAGGCAGGCGACGAGGAGAGGCCGAAACUCAGCACCAGUGCUGCCCGUAGGAUGAGGCGCAAGCGCGCCGCAGAGCGAGCCGCCCUUGCGGCGGUGGAGUGCUCACACCCCUUGCCAAUGCUCGAGCGUGUGCCUGUUUCAGCCGGCCGCCUCCAGAAGGCCACAAAGGCCACAUACGACUCCAUCUUGGAUCGCUGCGACAGUCUCAGAUCCAAACUGGCCAGCGGAAUCGCUGACGAAGUUCAGGAAGCACUGGCCACCAUCCAGGGUCACGUGUGGCAGCUGGCGCAGCAUGCAACGGGUUGCCGGCUCGUGCAGCUCGCGCUGGAGGCCGAUCAGUACACCGCAGCCCUCCUUUCCCGCGAGUUGCACGGACAUGUGCAAGAGGCGGCUAUCUCACCCCAUGCGAACUACGUGAUCCAGAAAGUUGUCUCCACGCUGACCUUUGCCAACUGCAGCUUUGUGGCUAGGGAGCUCUUCGGCUCCUGCGGCCGGCUGGCCCGGCACCGGUACGCCUGCCGGAUCUUCUGUCGGCUCCUGGAGUUCUGCAGCAGCCGAGAUUUGACACUUCAGCUCAUGGACGAAUUGUUGCUCGACACCGAGGACUUGUGCCGCCACAACUUUGGACAUCACGUCGUGCAGUCCGUCCUGGAGCAUGGCCACGAGAGGCACCGCAAGAUCGUCGCCAAAGUUCUCGGUCGGGACCUCCUGGGUUUCGCCAAGCACCGCAACGCCAGCUACCUAGUCGAAAAGGCGAUGUGGUACUGUGCGCCGGAGGAUCAGGCACUCCUUCUUCAGCAGCUGGGCCGGACGGAUGUGAUCGUGGACCUGGCAAGGUCGCAGUUCGGCUGCUACGUGGCAAAGUCUCUCCUGCACGACGACCGGGUCGAUGCGCGAGAAGCGCUAUCCAGGAUCCAGGCCUCCUCCAUCGACUUGCAGAGGACGCGUCAUGGACAGCGUUUGUUGGUCGAGAUGGGCUUAGCAGAUGACGCCACUUGCUGA